ACUAGGGACCACGAGCGAUGAAUGACAACAUUGAGAAGUAGCUAAUCAGUAUUAUUCUUUUAAUGGAAAUACUUAGACAGGAAUGUGCGAGGAUGUCGAUGAACUGUACGCAGAUCCACAAACACUCUGUAAUCUGUAUCGAGUCCACUUCUUCCGACUCGUCAAAUGACAGAACAUGUCAUCUUCACACAUGUAUUUUAUGAGCGCCUGCAGCUAGUCAAGCAGCCUGUACCUCGCUAUGGCCACCGCGGGCUUCCCCAGGAAGAGUGUGGACGUGGCCGGAGUUAACGUGACAGUUCCAGCUGUGGGCCGGCCUGUGUGUGUCAACGGGACACCGUGGAUCCUUUACCUGCUGGAGGAGUGUGUGGAUAAUGUGUGGGAGUACUGCAGCGUUGUGAUAGGACUGGUAUCCAUGUUCUGUUUUCUGCUGUCCACUUUGCCGCAGGUCUAUGAGGCAUAUAGGAAUGGUAAAGUAGAGGAGGCCAUGUCUUUUGGCUUUCUUAUCUUCCUCUUCAGUGGAGACCUGACCAGCUUUGCGGGCUGCUACCUCACCAGCCAGCUUCCCAUCCAGGUGGUCACAGUGGUGUUCUACAUCUUCACAGACCUGAUCCUCGUCUCUCAGUUUCUCUACUAUAAGAUCAAGAACAGCUCCAGCAGAAAGAGCCCUUUUCUGAAGUGGAUGUGCUUCAUGUGGUGUGGCGCUGCUUCAAUCAUUCUCCUUGCUUUACCCAAACUCCUCAUAGAUAACAGUCCAACUUUAGACACCCAGAGCCCUCCUACCUCUAGAUCAGUGGAAAUCACCGGCUACAUCUGUGGAUACCUGGCAUCUGUCUUCUACCUUUGCUCCCGUUUCCCCCAGCUCUAUAAAAAUUUCCAGCGACAGUCCACAGAGGGCACCUCCUACCUGCUGUUCGCCCUGGCUAUGAUGGGUAACGGGACAUACGGGCUGAGCGUCGUCGUUGUCCUUCCUGCACUGAGGGGCUCAAAACAGUCCUUCAUCAUCAAACAUCUGGCCUGGCUCAUCGGCAGCCUGGGAGUGCUCUUACUCGACUUCUUUGUGACUCUCCAGUUUAUCAUGUACAGGAAGAACAAAUCUGCCAAAAGCAGCAAACCACUCAGCAUCCCAGAGGUGGAGCCAUUGCUGUGCGAGGAAGUGGAACUGUCAAUGCUAUAGGACUCAUCAUUUGGAUCGAGACCGACUGUCAGUCUGCGGUUUGUUUUGAAAUCAAACUGCGGGUUCUUGCUGCUGAUUGAUUCACUCUUGACAAGUUCAGAAACAGUACAACACUUUGUUGAAGCAUUGUACGUAGCAGCGGGCAAUCGCAGUGUGCUUUUUGUAGUCUAUUUUUGAGCAGACUGGGGAAUGACAUGCAGGAAAGGAGCUGAAACCCUGGCUGUCCGCAGAGGUUUACAGCCUCUGUACGUCAGGCCUGCAACUUUAAUGCUGGGCCAACCAGCGCCCCAUGAGUACAGAACAGUUGAUUGAUAUCUCCACUGGGAUCCCUUGAUAUUUGUAUUUGCCAUCUUGAUCUAUCACACCCAAAUGAGGAAGAUUUAACCCUGGAUGUCUUUCCACAAAUCCAAGUGUCAUAGAACAAUGAAGUGCCUGUUACAUUUACUAUUUUCUGACAGGGUAAAUAUUGAGGUAGAGGACUGCAGUAUUAUAAAAGGAUGCAUGUUAUGGGACCUUUUUUUUUUUUUUUCACCUGGUUUGGUAUUUGAGUGGCGUAUACAUCCGAGUUUGUCUACAAGGAGCUUUUUCCUUCUACCUGAAAGAUGCUCGUUUGACUUCAGGCGUGUUAUGGCCUCAUUCCUAGUUCAAAGGGAUGCUGCAUUUCUCUGAUGUUUUUGCUCCCCUGAUAAAGAAGAGACAGAUUGUGCCUUCAAGACUAAACACGGUCUCAAUAUGAAAAUGCUGUAUAGCCAUUUCAGAGUUUGACUUAUUUUAAAUUGAAAAUAGAGUUAUACUAGCUAACGAUUAAGAAGUGUGUUUUGUUUUUGUAUUUUUCUGAUUCAAAUUAAAACUACAUCUUUAUGGCAUCCAAAGGCUUUUAUUUAAAAAGAGACACGAUGGUUAACUGGCUUAUUUUAAGAUAUAUCUAAGAAUAGGAAAACUAAUAGGAUAUUAUUCAGACACUUGUUGAAGUCAUAAUAUGCAAAAGUAGAGGUUUCUAUCUUAUCAGGUUUGAAGCUGAAGAUGCCCUUGUCAAGUCAACUUGUAAAUAAACCUUCUUAGCUUCAUUCAAGGUAGUAAAGACAAAUAGAUGGAGAGCAGAAACAGAAGAGAACAAAUCAUUGUCCUAAUCAUGAGCUACAGUAAGCAGACAUUCAUUGAGAUCACUGGUAAAGUUACAAGGACAUGAACGUUGUGUCAAAUGUUACACGGUAUGUUUGUGAUGCUUUCACUCUUCAACAAGAAUAGUGCAGAUCUGCAGUUUUUCUACCUCAGUAUCGUACAAUCUUAUUUUUCCACAGUGUGUGUUAAGAACGGGCUUGUAAUAUGAGCACAAUGCUUCAUGUUCGGAAACAGUCCUUCUGUAAAUGAAGGGAAAGUUACCUGAGCCCAUGCUGCAUUUAUUUUGUAGCAUCCAUCCUUUUUUUUUAGUUCCUAUUUUGGUCAUGUGAUCAGUCACAGGGGCUGGGAAUCUUUGGAUGUCUCAUGAUUCGAUUUUAUUUCGAUUCUGGGGGGCACGAUUCAAUUCAGAAUCUAUUUUGGAUUUAAAACGAUUCUGGCUUCAUGAUUCAAAGUCUAUUUUUGAAUUGGUAUACACUCAGGAUCUACUCCAGUCAUCUGUGAGACUGGCUGAAUUUC